CACUCUCUUUCCAUCAACAUUCCACACUCAACAAUCAAUUCAUGGCCAUCAUCAUCAUGAUGUUCAUCCACGUCACAGCUCAUCCCUAUUCAUAAAAACCAACGCCAUCCAUCGAUCCACCCCAUCAUUGCUCCCCAACCAACCCCCUCAUCCACCCUGCAAUGAUGAGCACCCCCGAGGGCGGGGCGGGCUCACCCGUGGAUUGGCCGACUGGUGCCCGGCCAGUCAUGGAGCGAACCGCGGAGCUCGUCACUCGUCUGCAGGCGCACACGCAAACGACUCGCCGCACCCUAGCUCGUCUGGCACGGCCGGCCGCCUCGCCGUCCCUAGCCCCACCCGACGCCAUUGCGGCCCUGGUUCAAGGGGAUGGCCUGCGUCAAUGGAUGGGCUGGAGCCAAUGGGCCCAUGCUCUAGCUCAAGCGGCCCAAGACCAACUGCGGUUAGCCGCCCGGCCCGACCCGUCCGUCGUUCAGCCCGCCCUGAGGGGCCACCCGGAGUUAGAUCGCGCUUUGGUGCACGUCAGCGCCUUGUGCGCGCUGGACCGCCUCCUUGAAAGCUCAGCUUGCGCUCAUCUCCGCGAUUUCGUCCGACAGAAUAUCCACACCUUGGGCCAGAGCCUCGUGCCGCAAAUCCAGGAUCAACUGGCCCGGGUGCUGGCGGACAGUCAAUAUCCGGAUUGCGUUUUGAGCGAGACCACGGCCAUCGGCCAACUCAGCGUCGACCGGGCGGUGCUGGGUGGUCAAUUUCAAAGUCUGUGGGCGUUGGCCCACCGAUGGGACGGAUGGGUGGGGUCGCUCUCGGGCCCGCCCGUGGCCCCCUGUGACGCCUUGGCCUUACUUUUGCAGCCUUUGACCCGACGUUUCCAGUACCAUUUUUCGGGCGCCAAAAAGACCAACAGUUUGGUUCGACCCGAAUGGUAUUUACAACAGGUCAAGCUUUGGCUGGAGCGAUCGCGGCAGUUCUUGGACGUGAUGGGGGCUGGGCGUGGGCAGACCGCCCCGGCUGAAGAUUCAGAUUGGAAUCGGGUUCAUCCGCGCUUGUGUCAGGGUCUCUUUGGGCUGAUCCAGACCAAAUUGCAGCAAGACCUACCUGUUAUUCUGGAACAGGACCUAGUGCUCAGUCAUGCCAUCGACGAGAUGCUUUUGUUCACGCAAGCGAUCCAGGACUUAGGGUUCGACGUGGAUAUACCGGUGUCCGAUCGCCCCAUCGCCGUUUUGGAGGACACCGAAUCCAUUUACUUGCGGUGGUUGCAGCUCGAGCAGAAAUACGCCUUCGAAAAAAUCGAGGCCAUCAUUCUGGAUGAAGAGGGCUGGCAGGCCUCGUUGGUGCAUCCUGAUGUGUUGAAGUGUGUCGACUCGUUUGUCACGCUGCUCCAAAGUCUGACGACCCGAUUUCAAAUUUUGUCGCGGAAUGAGCUCAAGCUCAAAUUUGUGAUACUCCAAUGUGAACUACUCGAGGACUUCCGCAUGCGACUCGUCCAGAUCCUCAAGCUCGACAUUCCCCAGUCCCAGUUGGUGGUGACCAGUGACAAAUCCACCAUGAUCUUGAACUCGGCCGACCACAUUGUGAGCACGAUCGAAGAAUGGACGGAAUUGCCCUUUUUUCUGCGCCUGCAAUCGCUCUCCUCGGAGGAUUUGUUCCUCAAGGUGAUGGAUCGCUUCCGGUUCAUGAUCGAAGACAACUGCAAACAUAUCGGCCUCGGGAUUGCCAAGGAAAUCCGAUCCCGAAGCGAAGACUACCGCCAUCCCGACCAUUGGCUCAUCGAGUUGGAACACCACGACCGCAUCAUGGAUGACGUGUCCGUGUCCGCUUUGGGCAUGUUCCAAGCACUCAUCUCCGGUUUGGACACGCUGAGCUCGAAAGUCAAGCCCAAUAUCCUGCAUUUGAUUCUGGACACUGUGGCCAAGGAGUUGAGCGACUUGAUCGUCAACCAAGUCAUCUUGACCAACGUUUUCAGCCGUGACGGGAUCGACCAAUUGGCGUUGGACGUGUCUCACGGGGUGGUACCGAUAUUUCGACAAUUCGGCUAUGAUGUGGAUCGGUAUCCGAUGAAGAAACUAGGAGAGAGUGUGCGAAUCCUACAACUCCCUAAAGGGGAAGCUUUACUUUUAGUCGAUACCUUACGGGAGAACGCCAAUGAGAUCAAUGCUAUGAAAGAGGCCCUCGCCGACUUCAACGUGCACGCAGUUUAUGGGAGUUUGGCUUGCAUAAUUCUGGAAAGAAGAUUGGAUGUGCAAAGUGCCUCCUGAUCUUGAAAUAUAGAUGGAUAAAGUUUAUUAUUUGAAUUCGUAUGAAUAAAACAUUUUCACGUCA